AUGAACUUUCAGCGAGAUAUCAUGGCCCUCUCUCAAGUGGAGAAGGAACGCGCAGAAGCCAUCAAAAAUGCCAUUGCUGGAAGAGAUGAUCUAAAGACUUUGCCGGACUUUGAGAUUGCUCAUUUGGCCAUUGUCCGGGGUGAAAAUAUGGAUCGUGCCUUGGAUACGGCCUACAAGAUGCAGUGCUUUCGCGAGGAAUUGAAGAUCAUAGACACGGCGCAAGAUGGUUUGGACACGAUUCUUGCCUUUAUGAAUUUGCAGCCAGGCUUCCUCUUGGAACUUACGUACCUGCCGUUCCAUGGAACCUAUUCAUGGUCCUGCGACUAUGAAAAAUUGAACCCAUCUGUGGUCAGGACACGGGAGCAAUGGCGGACCUUUCAAGGUGGAUUCUACUAUAUGAUGAGAUGUGCCGCCACAGACUUCCAUUCCAUUCGCACUGGAUUGGCAACACUUAGUGAAUGUGAGGGAAUGGGAUCUCACAAUUUUGAUAUUAAGCUAUUUGAAAAGGCAGUACAUGAGCUAUGGAGUUUCUAUCCUGCUCGGUACAAAGAAACUGUGUGGCUCCACACACCAAGUUUUGCCAACUUUUGCUACUCCAUGCUCCGGAAAAUUGUCAGCCAAGAACUGGCUGAUAGUUGGAGAAUUGGAGAAGAAAUCCAAGGGUUUGAGGGACGGAGGCUCACGGAACUAUUUCAUAUACCCAAUUUUGAAGUCGCAACGAUCAAUCUUGUGGCGCGACUUCAGCGUUAUCUGACUCAACGAUAUCACAAUGAGCACACAUUUGAAUUGGACAACUGCCGAAUUCUUGCAUAA